AUGGAGUCCCGGGCCAUUAGCCCCGGCGAGACGGCGCUGCCGUACGCGUACGCGCCGCUGGCCCCGUCCGACGUCGCGGAGGAGCGCCGGGGCGGCGGCGGUGGGGUGAGGUGGCGCGCGUGCGUCGCCGUGCUCGCCGCGUCCGCCGUGGUGGUGCUGGUCGUGGCCAGCGCGCUGGCCGGGUCCGGCAGGGUGGACCGGGUCGUGGGCGGCGACGUGGUCGCGGACAUGCCGCCGCUGGCGGAGACGGCGCGGAGCCGCGGCCGGGACGCCGGCGUGUCGGAGAAGACCUCCGGGGCGGCGGACGAGAUGGUGGGGCUCCUCGGCGCCGGCGGCGACGCCGACGGGUUCCCGUGGAGCAACGCCAUGCUGCAGUGGCAGCGCACCGGCUUCCAUUUCCAGCCCGAGAAGAACUGGAUGAACGAUCCCAACGGUCCCGUGUACUACCGCGGAUGGUACCACCUCUUCUACCAGUACAACCCGGAGGGGGCGGUGUGGGGGAACAUCGCGUGGGGCCACGCCGUGUCCCGCGACCUCAUCCACUGGCGCCACCUCCCCCUCGCCAUGGUGCCCGACCAGUGGUACGACAUCAACGGCGUCUGGACCGGCUCCGCCACCGUGCUCCCUGACGGCUCCCUCGUCAUGCUCUACACCGGCUCCACCAACACCUCCGUGCAGGUCCAGUGCCUCGCCGUCCCCGCCGACCCCAACGACUCCCUCCUCCGCAACUGGACCAAGUACGAGGCCAACCCUAUCCUUGUCCCGCCGCCCGGCAUCGGCGACAAGGACUUCCGCGACCCCACCACCGCAUGGUUCGACGAGUCCGACAAGACCUGGCGCACCGUCAUCGGCUCCAAGGACAACCACGGCCACACCGGCAUUGUCAUGACCUACAAGACCAAGGACUUCAUCAACUACGAGCUCAUCCCCGGUCUGCUCCACAGUGUCCCCGGCACCGGCAUGUGGGAGUGCAUCGACUUCUACCCCGUCGGCGGCGCCGAUGGCUCGGAGGAGCUGUACGUGAUGAAGGAGAGCAGCGACGACGACCGCCACGACUGGUACGCGCUCGGGAGGUACGACGCCGCGGCCAACAAGUACACGCCGAUCGACGCGGAGAUGGACGUGGGCAUCGGGCUGAGGUACGACUGGGGCAAGUUCUACGCGUCCAAGACCUUCUAUGACCCCUCCAAGAACCGCCGCGUGCUCUGGGGGUGGAUCGGCGAGACCGACUCCGAGCGCGCCGACGUCGCCAAGGGAUGGGCGUCCCUCCAGUCGAUCCCGAGGACGGUGGAGCUGGACGAGAAGACCCGAACCAACCUCAUCCAGUGGCCCGUGGUCGAGAUCGAGACGCUCCGCAUCAACUCCACCGACCUCGGCGGCACCACCAUCGACACCGGCAGUGUGCUCCCUCUCCCGCUCCGUCGCGCCACCCAGCUCGACAUCGAGGCCACCUUCCACCUUGACACCUCCGCCAUCGCUGCCGUCAACGAGGCUGACGUCAGCUACAACUGCAGCACCAGCGGUGGUGCUGCCAACCGUGGCGCUCUCGGUCCUUUCGGACUCCUCGUCCUUGCUGACGGUGCCCUCAAGGAGCAGACGGCGGUGUACUUCUACGUGUCGAGGGGCCUCGAUGGGGGCCUCCAGACCCAUUUCUGCCAGGACGAGUCACGGUCGUCGCUAGCCCAGGACGUCGUGAAAAGGGUGGUCGGCUUCACCGUGCCUGUGCUCGACGGUGAGGAUCUAUCCCUCAGGGUGCUGGUGGACCACUCGAUCGUGGAGAGCUUCGCCAUGGGUGGAAGGUCCACCGCGACAUCGAGGGUGUAUCCAACGGAGGCCAUCUACGCCGCCGCUGGCGUGUACCUUUUCAACAACGCCACCGGCGCUGCCGUCACCAUGGAGAAGCUCGUGGUGCACGAGAUGGACGACUCCUACAACCAGAUCUUCACGGCCGACGAUGCCUCAGCCGCCUUGUAG